UAAAUUGUUGCUAUAGUGAUUCUAGUAGUAAUGGUAUUUUCUGUAUCAUCCUAUUGGUAGCUCUAUCGUAAUAUCUAUAUUAGGAAGAACUGGAUGAAGUCAUAAGCAAGCUUCUAAACUUACUGCGGACUGGGAGUAACAAGGAAGGAGGGGAAACAGAGAAAACAUCAAGAAGUUCUAUUAGCUUGUUGUAUCAAAAACGAUGAGUCUUGUGGCAGCGUAAAGGGUAACAUAUAUUACAUGACAUACGGUUUCGUGGACUGCAUCCCAUCCGUGGACUGCAUGUAUGGGCACACACAUGACAUUCUCAACAGAUUACACUGCUAGAGUGUCCACCAAUGUUUUCUAAAUGAAUGAAAUCAUUCUAGGACAACUCACUUUCCAAUGCUAAGCUUCAUGGCAGAAAAGGCCAAAUGCUCUGACACAGAGUUAGGCCACAACACUGUGGAAGAUUGUUUGUUGGGAAUAACAGUACUGCGUCCAACUGAUGCAGACAACUUACCGCUGUAUCAUGUACACCAAGAGAAUGGAGUGCUGAUCUGUGACAGGUUUCUGCUAGGAUAUUGUACCAUGCAGGAACGUUGUCCUCACCACCACACUCCCCUUCCCUACCACUGGCAGUGGCGCCGCCGGAAGGACCUCGUGUGGCUCAGUUUCAGUAUUCUAGCUCAACAGCACUUGGAGAGACUGUACUGUAACAAGAAAUGCACCAAAGUGAAGCUAAAAGACAGGAGUGGCAGCUGCUAUUUCCUAAACUUGGAUACUAUGAUGCUCUCUGAUAAUCCAUUUUAUGACCAAGUAAGACGUCUAUCCAACAGCAGUGACCAUACAUGCAAUUGUUACUUUCCAGCAGAGUGGAAAGUUUACUGGUAUGAUCUAGGUUACUGGAAAGAAUACAAAGAGCCCAUUGCACAGGACCUUGUGGCUGCUUUUAAGCAGAAAAGGCAGAGGCACACCUUCUCUCUGCACAAUCGUCACUACAAGGUUAAUAUCAAAAGACUGACACAGCGCAAUGUGAAGACAGGCUUCACCCGCAGGAUCAAGUACCGACCCGUCUUGCGCUACAGCACAUCUAUCGUGCGAUAUUUGUGUUCCAGGUCAGUUGCUUUAUCCUGUGAAGCUAAAGCUGUCCGAGGAGAGAACCCUCUAGAUUUGUACUGUGGGCCUUAUCCUGCUGUUUGGAUCCCACCACCACAAGGUGACGUUGGCUUUACAAUGGAAGAAAUGGCUUGGUCAGAGAUAGCCAGCCUGAAAGUGAGAGAGCUCUUCCAUUCCACAUUGUCUGAGAAACAAGCAUUGAUCCUGGCCAUCUACCGCAUACGGAAUGACCAUCUCUGGCAUGCAUACAUGAGGCAAAAAGAGCGCAUGUCUCAGGAACGCUCGGAGGAAGACCAGAUGUCCUUGGAGAAGCACCUUUUCCAUGGCACAGAAGCAGCCCGCAUUAAGCGUAUCUGCACAGAGAAUUUUCAUGUCCGCUUCUCAGGGUUGCAUGGUACAGUUUAUGGCAAAGGAAUUUACUUUGCUAAGGAUGCAUCCUACUCACACAGCUAUGCCUCCAUGACCGAGGGUGAAAUGUGUCACAUGUUUCUGACCAAAGUGUUGACAGGAUACUGGACAAAUGGCCAUUCAGGGCUUAAGCGGCCUCCUGUUUCUUACGAUUCGUGCACAGAUUUCACUACCGAUCCUGACAUUUUUGUCAUCUUCAAGAGCUGCCAAUGCUAUCCCUACUUUCUCAUUCGCUACAAGAAAGUGGACAUGACUGUAGCUAUUGAUGCAUGACUGUAGAGAUGGCUCCCAUGUCCCUUGGCUGCUAGAACAAUCCAUGUGUUCCAAACAGCACCUGGUACUCUUUAGGGAGCUUUUGUCUUCUCUGCAGCACAAGCCCAGCAUGUGGGAUGAGGGGAUCCUCCCCUCUUUGACCUCUGGUGCAUUUUUGCUUUAAGGCUGUCUACUCACCCAGGUUUCCAUGCUCCAUGUGGAAGAAUACAUGUGUGUGAGCAGCAUGACAUUUCGCUCCUGGAGAGGAGAUAGGGUGGCCCAAUGGAAACGAGGAGAGGGUUCCUGCAGCUUCUAUGCCAAAGAGGGAAUUUCAGCUGAAGUUGCUUGUCAUGCUUCAUCUACUGAAAUUCCCUCUCCCUCACAACUUUAAAAGGUGCAGAAACCCUCGCAGUAUCUCCAACUGGCCACCCUAGUUUUGUGCUUUGAACAGCAGCUUGAAAAAAACAGCACGUGACUUUUUCCUGACACACAGAUGAGCAUUAUCACUGGCCAAUGUUUAGCAGAGCAAUCUGCUGUUAAAAGCACAGAAGCAGGAGCUGGUUUGUCUGCUUUUUUUAAACCCUAACAACUCUAGAGGGGAAGUCUUCAAGCAUGUGAGGGGUGGGUGUAAUCUUGGAAUCUCCUCAGGGAGAUCCCCGACUGGCAGUCCUCAAGGGCUCUGCACCAUGCGAUGCAGGAGAAAGAUAGGAAGAGACAAUGGUGUCCAGCAAUUAUUAAACAUAAAGGAGGAUUAGCCCCUCCAGACCCUAACUUGCUUUGUGUAGCCUUUUGAGUUUGUUUUCAUAUCCUACCCUUUUUCUUCUUUUAAAGAACUGAAAGCAGCUUAAUCAUU